AUGUCCCCAACGCUUCUUCUCAACUUUCACCGGCUUUACGAACUAGCUGAUGAAAUUCUCGAGAUAAGCGGAGGUACUUAUUUAUUCAAAGGUCUUUGGUUUUCAAACAUGGAUAUGUGGUUCACAAGCGAUCCAGAAAAUGUGCACUACAUAACAACAACAAACUACUGGAAUUACCCCAAAGGGCCUGAGUCGAUGCAGGUGUUUGAUACCCUGGGAAAUUCGCUUUUCAAUUUGGAUUUCGAGGAGUGGACUUACUACAGAGGACUCCUCCAUGCCUUUUUCAGUCACCAGAAGUUUCAACAAUUCGUUCAGAAGGUUUUGGUUGACAAUGUGAACAAAGGUCUGGUGCCGUUUCUUGAAGACGUAGCAAAACAGGCUUUGGUGGUGGAUUUGCAAGAUAUGUUUAAAAGGCAUAUAUACGAUGCUGCUUGCGCGAUCGCUACUGGAUAUAACCCCAAAACCCUCUCCAUUGGUUUUGAGGAAAAUGCAUUCGUAAGGGCCAUGGAUGAUGCCUGUGUAGCAAUGUUAACUAGGCACAUCUUGCCAGGGAGAUGCUGGAAGUUGCUAAGGUGGUUACAGAUUGGAAGUGAAAAGAGACUAAGUGUUGCAAAGGGUACUUUACGUCAAAUUGUAACAAAUUAUAUGGCAACAAAGAGAGAGGAACUUAGUGCAGGAGCCAAAACAAAGGAAGACGAAGAGACCUUCGAUGUGUUGCGAUCUUUCUUGACUAUAAAUGAUGUCAAUGACAAAGAACACCCUGAUGAAAUUGUAAGAGACAGUACCAUAGGUAUCAUUUUUGCAGCAUAUGACACCUCCAGUGCAACUCUCUCUUGGUUCUUCUGGCUUCUUUCAAAGAAUCCGCAUGUCGAAACUAAAAUCAGAGAAGAGCUUGACUCCAAUUUCUCAGUGAAGGAAGGUCAAAAUUGGCAGCUAAAUAGCAGAAAAGAGUUGAGCAAGCUGGUUUAUCUCCAUGCUACCUUGUGUGAAACGCUAAGGCUAUACCCGCCAGUUCCUCUCCAGAGUAGGACUCCAGUUAGACCUGACAUUUUUCCAAGCGGUCACCAUGUAGAUCCAAAGGCUAUUGUUGUUUUGUCAGGAUAUGCAAUUGGAAGGAUGGCUAGGGUAUGGGGACAGGAUUGCCAUGAAUUCAAGCCUGAGAGAUGGAUCAAUGAGAAAGGAGAUCUUAGAUAUGAAAGAUCGGCCAAGUUCUUUACCUUCAACGCAGGACCUCGGAUUUGUCCAGGGAAGGAGAUGGCGUUUAGUAUCAUGAAGGCCGCCGCUGCAACUAUUCUUUAUAACUACCAUGUUCAAGUUGUGGAAACCCGCCCUGUGACCCCCAAAGGUAGUAUAAUUCUUCAAAUGAAACAUGGUUUGAGGGCUAGGAUUUGCAGUAGAUGGACUUGA